UGAUCUAACAGGUUAGGACGCGUAUGAGGCACAGAGUAAACUUUCAGACAGAGGAACUGUGACAUCACGCCAGAGGGUUUCAUUUACAAAGAUAGCUCCGCCCACAGGUUUUCACUGGGGUUCAGCUCAGGGGACUGAGAUGUCCAGGGCAGAAGCUCGAUUCUGUGCUCAGUGAACCGUUUUAGUGCCGAUUUGGACAGAUGCUUCCGAUCAUUGUCCUGCUGGAAGAGCCAGUGAUGACCCAGGUUUAGUUUCCUGGCAGAGGAGCCAGAUUGUGAUUUAAAAAUGUCCAUAAUGGAGUAUUCAUGGAGUCCAUGAUGCCAUGAACAAGUGUUGUGAGAAGGAAUGGCAACAUUAUAAAGUGAAUACAGCUGUAAAGGAUAAAGGUCCUAUCAUCUGUACACAAUGGCCAGUGCAGAUCCUGAUGUAAACGCAGUACUCCAGGCCUCGGGAGAGUCUACCAUCAAAAAAGCAACUCAAAAAGCACAAACACAAAUUGACCAGUUAUUUAAUAUCUCACUUCACAUCGCUGUAACUGGAGUAACAGGUUCAGGAAAGUCAUCUUUUAUCAAUGCAGUCAGAGGACUGAACGAUGAUGAAGGCGCAGCUAAAACUGGAGUUACUGAAACCACAAUGGAGGCAACAUCUUACAAACAUCCCACAAUGCCUAAUGUGAUGUUCUGGGACCUACCUGGAAUUGGAUCCCCAAAUUUUAAGGCUAAGAAAUACUUUAAAGACACUCAGUUUAGCACAUAUGAUUUCUACAUCAUCAUCUUAUCUGAGAGAGUCACAGAGAAUGACAUCAUGUUGACCAAAGAGAUCAAAAGAAGCAAAAAGCUCUUUUACUUUGUGAGAUCAAAGAUAGACAAUGAUAUUCGAGCAGAAGAAACCAAAAGGAACUUUAACAAGGAAGAAACACUCUCACAGAUCAAAAGGAACUGCAUGGAACACUUGAAGGAGAUUGAAAAUCCAAAAGUUUUCCUGAUAUCCUCAAAGGAUAUUAAAGCGUUUGAGUUUGAAGAGCUGAUUGACACUCUGAUGUCAGAGCUCCCGGAGCGGAAACGGUCUGCUCUGAUGCAGUCGGUGCCUGUCACCUCUGUGGCUAUGCUGAAGAAAAAAGUGAAAAUGUUUGAGGAAGCAGCAUGGGCUGCAGCGUGUUGCUCUGGAGUCAUUGCAGCAGCUCCAGUACCUGGUCUCUCACUGGCAUGUGAUGCCAGUAUUUUAGUGUCUUUCUUUACAAGGUGCUAUUACUCAUUUGGCCUUGAUGAUAAAUCGCUUAAAAAACUGUCAGAAAGAGUUAACAAGCCAGAGCUGAAAGAUUUCAUAAAAUCACCUCUUGUACUGGCGUUGGCAACGGGCUCCAAUGCAAGACUGUCGCUGUCUGCUUUCGCCGGAUCAGCGGUGGUGGAGUAUCUGUGCAGCUUGGUGCCUGGUGUAGGAAGUGCUCUAGCAGCUGGGAUAUCUUUUGCUUGUACAUUAAAGAUUUUGAAGUCUGGACUGAAAGAGCUUGAAGAUGCAGCACUGAUGGUGCUGGAAGAGGCGGGGUUACAGUGACAAGGAAGCACUGAGACACAGGAGGUGGAGCCUUGGCAAUAAUAAAGAAAAAAAAUGCAAUGUUUAUGCUUCAAAAUCAGAAGUAGAAUGUUUGAUUUACUGAUAAACACUUUUUCUGUAAACAAAAGAAAGAUAUGUGCACAGCCUGGUUGCACAAAGAGCCGUAGUAUAGCGAUAUGACUCUCCUGGAUUAUAAUCUGAAUGAGUCAAGUUUGUUUGUGUAGUGUAACACAGGUGAAAAUAGCUUAUAAAUUAAUAAUUAGUUGAAUAAAUUAGAAUAAAUAUUGAGCAGAAUUUAAUCAUUUUACAAAUUCAUAUUAGUGAUAAAACAAUGUUAAAAUCAGAGUAAUAAGAUUAAAAGUAGUAUUUCAUCUUGUUUGUGAACUAUUUUGUCAGUUGAGUUUAAUAGUACUGUAGCUUUAAGAAAUUGCAGCUCUAUCAGCCAAUCAGAAUGCUUGUAGCGGGUUUCUGCUGAAAAGACGGCAGGACUGAAGGAGAGAUGAAGGUCAUGCUGGCGAGUUCAACCAGUGGCUCUGCGCGCUGCAGGAUCCUGGACUGGGAGCCACAGUGGGAGAGUUUUCCUGUGUUUUUGGGGACGCGGGCUUUCUACAGCAAACCCGACUGAUUAAACUCCUCUGAUUCUGCCGAGUAAAAGAAAGGUGUCUACACUUUAGUAAACAAACUCAAGGGAUUGUGGUUAAAGACCAGUUUAAUCUAACCUGAUCUGUAUGUGAUCUUGCUUAUUCAGGGAGUGGAAGAAUAUUUCCAUCUAGCUUCCACUUACUGUUCAAAAUCUUCCACUUAGUGAGCUUUUUGUGGUUUUAUGAUUGAAUCAUGCUUGGCUCUUUAGCUAUAAAAGACAGAAGUAAACCCCAGGAGGUUGUUGGGUAGGAUGCUGAGGACUUAAGCUUCUUAUUAUUCAAAGUAUUUACUCUUUCAUUCUAUAGAAACCUUUUUCUGACAGUUUAUCUGUCAAACAUUUAUUUCCUCUUUUAGAUAUGUUGAUUAUAAUACAGGUUUACUUUUAAUAGAAUUGCUCAUUUUAUUUCAAAUUGAUUUGUACUCAAACUUUAUAUAUGUUAUCAGCUUUAUAUGUUUAAUAAAGCA